CCAGCUUCUGUCGUUGCCCUGCAUCAACUUGACCUAUUACUGUUAGGAUAGUGAGAGAAGUGGAAGCAUUGCAAUCCCAACAUCCUCCCUGACCCACACACAUACACCGAGAUGGACCCGGCGAGCAUAAAAGACGACUUGAAGCUCUAUCAGAGCACCCUGCUCCAAGAUGGCCUGAAGGACCUCCUGAAGGAGAAUAAGUUCAUUGACUGUAUUCUGAAAGUAGGGGACAGAAGUCUGCCGUGUCACAAACUCAUCAUGGCAGCAUGUAGCCCUUACUUCAGAGAGAUUUACUUCUCCGAAGAUGGCAGAGAGAAGAGCAGCCCGGCCAAGGAGGUGGUGCUGGAAAACGUGGAUCCGUCCAUUAUGGAUAUGAUUGUGAAUUAUCUCUAUUCUGCAGAAAUAGACAUUACAGAUGAUAAUGUACAGGAUGUUCUCGCGGUAGCUAACCGUUUUCAGAUCCCGUCAGUGUUCACGGUGUGUGUAAAUUACCUGCAGAAGAAACUCUCCCUAGGAAACUGUCUGGCAAUCUUCCGACUGGGGUUAGUGAUGAAUAGUCCAAGGCUGGCCAUGGCAGCAAGAGAUUACAUCGCUGAACGAUUCGAAAUUCUAUCCACGGAGCAAGAUUUUCUCGAGUUCAACUCUCCGGAACUGUUUGCCAUCAUAGGCAGUGAUGCUCUCAAUGUGGAGAAAGAAGAACUGGUGUUUGAACUGCUAAUGAAGUGGAUCAGGAAGGACAAAGAGAACCGCGUGAAGCAGUUAAGCGAUGCCUUUGAGCACAUUCGUUUCCGAUUGCUCCCGGAAAAGUAUUUCAAGGAAAAGGUGGAAAAGGACGAGAUCAUCAAAGCUGAUCCUGAGCUUGUGAAGAAACUUAAGGUUAUCAAAGAUGCCUUUGCUGGAAAACUUCCAGGAAAGGUAGGAGGGAAAACGGAUGGAGAGAGUGCAAUGCCCGGAUAUCUGAAUGACACCCGAAGGCUUGGCAUGUAUGCCAAGAACCUUAUCCUGAUGAUUAACGACACGGCAGCUGUGGCUUACGACCCUGUUGAGAAUGAAUGCUCACUGGCAGCAAUGUCUGAGCAGAUACCUAAAAAUCACGUCAGCAUCAUUACCAAGAGGAACCAACUUUAUGUUGCAGGUGGACUGUUUGUGGAUGAGGAAAAUAAAGACUCACCAUUGCAGUGCUACUGCUUUCAGCUGGAUCCUAUUAGUGCAGACUGGAUUGCUCUACCUCCACUGCCUUCUCCCCGAUGUCUCUUUGCUAUGGGAGAAUUCGAGAAUCUCAUAUUUGCCAUUGCUGGUAAAGAUUUACAGACCAAUGAGUCUCUUGACUCAGUAAUGUGCUAUGACACUAACAAGAUGAAAUGGACAGAGACGAAAAAGCUUCCCUUGAGGCUACACGGGCACAGUGUGAUCUCACAAAACGGCCUGGUCUACUGUAUAGGAGGAAAGACAGAUGACAACAAAACCAUCAACAAGAUGUUUGCAUAUAAUCACAAGAAGUCUGAAUGGAAGGAGCUAGCUGCUAUGAAAACACCACGCUCCAUGUUUGGGGCAGUUGUCCAUAAAGGAAAGAUCAUUGUGGUUGGAGGAGUCAAUGAGGACAGUCUCUUAGCAUCGUGUGAAGCCUAUGACUUUGGAACCAACAAGUGGGAAGUCUUCCCUGAGUUUGCGCAGGAGAGGAGCUCAAUAAAUGUCGUCAGUGUUGAUGGAGAGCUUUAUGCGGUCGGGGGCUUUACCAUGGUAGGGCAAGAUAAAGACUGUGUUCCAUCAGAGAUCACAGACAUUUGGCAGUAUGAAGAGGACAAGAAGCAGUGGGCUGGAAUUUUGAGAGAGAUGCGUUAUGCAGCUGGUGCUUCCUGUGUUUCCAUGCGACUAAAUGCGGCAAAAAUGCCCAAACUGUAAAAAUAACCCAGGCCAAUUUAUUUUUAGUGUAACUUGAUGAUUCCAGUUAAAUGAAGAUAUAAUUUCAUAGUGCAUGAGCGUGAAACAGACGACUGUUUUAGAUGAUUCACAAGGAUGUAUUCAUAUACACAAUACACACCUGACAUUUUUUUUUUUUUUU